AUGUCCAAUUUGAAAAUCCUUGUCGUCGGGGCAUCUAUUGCCGGACCAACAGCAGCUUACUGGUUUGCUAAGAUUGGCGCGAAAGUCACAGUUAUCGAACGAUUUCCACAAUUGCGAUCCGGUGGUCAGAACGUCGACAUUCGCACAGCCGGUGUAUCAGUAAUGCGAAAAAUCCCUGGAAUGGAAGACGCUGUGCGAGCUAGCCUUGUGCCAGUUGGGGGUAUCAGCCUUGUGCGCGAAGACGGUCAACCAUAUGGAAUCAUUAAGCCUUCUGGGGACUCUAGACAACAGUCGCUAGUCUCUGAAUACGAGGUCCUCCGGGGUGACCUCUCGCGGAUCAUUUUCGACUUGACCAAGGAUCACCCAAAUGUCAAGUAUGUCUUCGGCGAGCAAGUUGCAUCGAUCCACCAAGAGCAAGAUGAUGGGCCGGCAAGAGUCGAGUUCAUGAACGGGUUUCCGGCUUCGGAAUUUGAUCUUGUUGUCGCUUGUGAUGGCGCUACAUCAAGAACUCGUGCUAUAGGUCUUGGCUGCGACGUCAGAGACCAUAUCACACCGAUUAACUCCUGGGUGAUAUAUUUCACCACCCAGGAAGAUCUUCUGAACGGAAAUCAAAUUGCCCAAGCACAUAGUGCCCCUGGUGGGCGAUUUUUCGCCAUCGGACCUGACACUACUGGCAUCAAUCGUGCCGUGAUGAUGGGCAUCAAUCCUAAAAAUGGACCCGACGCCGUCCAAGCCUUCCGUGAAGCCAACAAACUCGGGCCCGAAGCAUUAAAGCAGUAUGUGGCGCAGUAUUUCAAAGGAGCUGGUUGGAAAUCUGAAGAAAUCAUCCGGAACAUGAUAAAAAGCGACGACCUAUACGGCAGCGAGAUGAUUCAAGUCAAACUCCCGACAUUACACAGGGGAAGAUUCGUCGUGGUUGGCGACGCUGGGUAUGCCUCUGGUCCUACUGGCACGGGAACCAGUCUUGCCCUCGCAGGCGCUUAUGUUCUGGCUGGAGAAAUAGGGAAACAUCCCCAUGAUGUGGUAGCCGGGUUGAAAGGUUAUGAACAGCAGAUGCGACCACUGAUUGAUGAGAUGCAAAAAGUCCCACUGUUAGUGCCUGCAAUCAUGGGGCCUCAAAGUGCCUGGGGAAUUUGGCUCCGGAACAAUAUCUUCGCUUUCAUCUGCUGGAGUAAUCUUCCAACGUUGAUGCACAAGCUCUUUGGCGGCGCCUCUGCCCACGCUGAUGAUUUCAAUCUGCCCGAAUACAAAUGGGCCGCUUGA